GCUUCUAGAGGGGGUAACAGCGCGCGGUGCUGAGAAAUCUCUUCACUCACUCUCUCACAUGCAUAGAAAUGCGGGAUUAACCCUGUGCGGAGAAGAUCCCUGUGCCAAAACUGCGUUGAUAGUCUACUUCUGAGGAAAGCGAAGGGGAAAAACCCGACUCCAUACACUCUACCAUGUACUGUUACAUUGUUACAUUAUUUCCGGUAGAUUACGCUAUCAUUCCGUAACGAAUAACGAGUGUGAUAAAUUUUGUGAGAACCUGUACUCUCCUAAAAUGAGUGUUUGAGGAUUUAUGGACUGAAACGGGGGAAGUUGCUGGCAUUAGAACUGUUCUUGGGUUGAGAAACAACAGAAAAGACAUCUCAACACCCAUCAUCAGCCGUAAUUUCUCAUUCAUUAACACUUAAAUGAGUGCCGACGUUAUCAAACUGACGCGGAGUCAUGGGCAUGACGAGGAAAAAUAACGCGGCCACUUAUGGAUUGGUUUCCAACGAAAGGAUUUUAUGUUUUCUUGAUGUCUGGAUUCUUAAAGCAGGUGUUUAGGGGUCCGUGUAACCACGAAGGAAGCGUCAGCUGUAGUUGAUCCUCAGACAAGAAGCCUCAUUCUCGGCAGGAAAAAGUGAUCGACGAAGACUGAGGUGUUACCUCUCCAAGGGCCCAUGGAUCUCCCUGUGGUGUUGUUUCUGCUGUGGGGACUGUUACUGGACUUGCUGAGUGGUGCGGUGGGUAGCAUUCUAUACCGUGUGCAUGAGGAACAACCUCCGAGCACACUGAUUGGCAGUCUGGCGGCUGACCAGGGCCUACCAGACACUGGACACCUGUACAAACUGGAGGUGGGCACUCCCUAUCUGCGGGUGGAUGGCAAAACUGGAGAUAUCUUUACCACUGAGAUCCCCAUUGACAGAGAGACACUGAAGGAUUGUCGUAAUAAAGGCAAGCCCUGCUUUCUGGAGUUUGAGGUGUCCGUCACAGAUCUCAUUCAGAAUCAGAGUCCACGGCUGAUAGAGGGAAGGAUCGAAGUGCAGGAUAUCAAUGAUAACACACCACAGUUUCCCUCACCUGUCCUUACCCUCUCAGUUCCAGAGAACACCCACGUGGGGGCGCUCUUCUCAAUUCCACUGGCCACUGACAAAGAUACGGAGAGAAAUGGAGUAGCUGACUACACCCUAACAGCAGGACCAGAGGCUGUAGCACUCUUUGGUCUGCAAGUUGCAGAGGACCGAGGUGAAAAAUUACCUCAACUCAUUGUAUUGGGAAGCCUUGAUCGAGAACGGAAAGACUCCUAUGAUCUCACCAUCAAAGCUGUGGAUGGAGGCAAUCCACCUCGCUACAGCAGUGCCUUGCUGAGGGUCGUCAUUGCUGAUGCCAACGACAAUGCACCCCACUUUGAAAAAUCCUCCUACGAAGCAGAGGUUGCAGAGAACAGCCCAAUUGGACACUCUGUGUUACAGGUGAAGGCUAAUGAUUCAGACUUAGGUCCUAACGGUGAGAUUGAAUACACGUUGCAUCAGGCCAUUGAUCCUGUGCCAAAACUUCUCCGGAUAGACCGCUCAUCAGGCAUCAUAUAUGUCAAAGGCCUAUUGGAUCGUGAGGAGAUCAACAAUUUGAAGUUUUACGUCGUUGCCCGAGACAAAGGCCCCUCACCCAAAAGUUCUAAAACAUAUGUUUCUAUUGAUGUAACCGACCAGAAUGACAAUGCACCAGCAGUGGAGAUUCGAGGCAUUGGUCUUGUGACCCAUAGUGAUGGAGUAGCAAACAUUUCAGAGGAUAUGCCUGUAGGCACUGCAGUGGCAUUGGUACAGGUUUCAGACAACGAUGAGGGAGAGAAUGCCGUGGUGACAUGUGUGGUUGCUGGUGAUGUUCCUUUUCAGCUUCGGCCAGCCAGUGAUUCAUCAGUUGACAACAAGAGGAAGUAUUUUCUGCAGACCACAACACCUCUGGACUAUGAAAGGGUUAGGGACUACCGGGUGGAGAUAGUGGCAGUGGAUUCAGGCAAUCCGGCUCUGUCCAGCACUAACUCGCUAAAAGUCCAAGUGACUGACACAAAUGACAAUUCCCCCAUUUUCUCACCGACUCUGUUUGAAGUGGAGUUUGCUGAGGAGAACCAGCCAGGAGAAAAGGUGGUAGAUGUAGUCGCCUCAGAUGCAGACAGUGGCACUAAUGCAGAGCUGGUCUACAGCAUUAUUGCGGACUCUUCAACAAGGGGACUUUUUGAGAUUGACCCUAACUCAGGUGAAGUCCGUGCUCGGAGCCCUCUUGAUCGUGAGCACAAGGAGCGCUACGAGUUCCGUGUUACUGCAGCAGAUAAAGGGGUUCCCAGUCACAGGGGUACUGCCACAGUUGUAAUCAAGGUACUGGAUCGGAAUGACAACGAUCCCAAGUUCAUGCUGAGUGGAUACAGCUUCUCAGUCUUGGAGAACAUGCCACCCCUUAGCCCUGUUGGCAUGGUAACAGUACAGGACAUGGACGAGGGGGAGAAUGCUCAAAUGCAACUUUCUGUGGAACCUGAUGUAGGCAAAUUUGUGAUCCAGAAUGGUACUGGCACUAUUCUGUCCAGUAUCUCAUUUGACAGAGAGAAGGAGAGCAGUUACACGUUCCGCUUGAAAGCUGUAGAUGGAGGGGAUCCACCAAGAUCAUCCUAUGUUGGCGUGACCAUCAAUGUCCUCGAUGAGAAUGAUAAUGCACCUGUUGUCACCAAACCAUCUAACUCAUCCUUCAUACGUCUAUCUCCCAUGGCUGCUCCAGACAGUGUUGUGGAAGUGGUCGAAGCGGAGGACAUUGAUUCCGGUUCCAAUGCUGAGCUAGUAUACAGCAUUGCUGGGGGAAAUCCACAUGACCUUUUUUACAUCUCUCCAUCUAAUGGCGAGAUCACAUUAACCAAGGAACUAACUCGGAAACACGGUGGUCUGCAUCGACUGGUGAUAAAAGUGAGCGAUAGGGGCAAACCUUCCCGUCACGCCAUUGCCUUGGUACACAUUUACGUAAAUGAAACCAUUGCCAAUGUAAGUCACGUGGAGGCACUUGUGGGGCAUAGCUUGUACACCCCACUGGACAUGGACAUUGCAGGAGACCCAGAUUAUGGUUUGGCUGCCCAAAGAAGCAACAUUGUAUAUGGCAGUUUAGCUGGAGUGGCGGGAGUGGUCACUGUGAUUGUUGUAGUGGUCUUCAUCAGGCAUCGCCUUCAAAGAGAAGCUAAGAGUGGUUAUCAGGCUGGCAAGAAGGAGACCAAAGAUUUGUAUGCCCCCAAGCAAGGGCCAAAAAGUGGCAAGGGGAGAAAGGGUAAAAAAGGUAAACCACCAAAGUCACCUAAACCUCUUGGAGAGGAUGAGGAAGUCAGCCUUCAAAAGAGUCUGAAAUUUAACCUUGAUGGGGUCAACAACAGCCCCAGGAUCCAUUUGCCUCUGACAUAUCCGCCUGGAAGCCCUGACCUAGGCAGGCACUACCGUUCCAAUUCCCCAUUGCCCUCCAUCCAGCUCCAGGCCCAGUCCCCAUCUGCCUCCCAAAAGCAUCAGGCUGUCCAGGAGCUCCCAGCUGCCAACACCUUUGUGGGAACAGGCGGUGAUGACAACUCCACCGGCUCAGACCAGUACUCGGAUUACAGCUACAAGACCAAUCAACCAAAAUACAGCACAAAAACGCUCCCGCAUCGCAGAGUGACGUUCUCCACAGCCAAUCCCAUGCAAGAUCAGCAGGACUCCUCUCAGCAGAGUUACUACGACAGUGGUCUGGAGGAAUCUGAGACCCCCAGCAGCAAGAGCUCUUCAGGACCACGUAUCGGCCCCCUCGCCCUGCCCGAGGACCACUACGAACGGACCACCCCUGAUGGCAGCAUCGGAGAGAUGGAACACCCAGAAACCGAUAUUCGCUCACUGCCUGAUGUUGCCAUGACGGGAAACUGCAGUCAGGAGUGCAGCGAGCUGGGUCACUCAGAUGCCUGUUGGAUGCCCGGUCAGCCUUCGCCCGUCCGCAAGACCCGCAACCCCCCUAAACUGUCCACGUUUGUGCCUUAUCAGGAGAGGGGGAGCCUGGGACGCCUGGCCAAUGGGAGUGUGAGGCUGGGAGGAGAGGAGAACAGGCCACGCUUCCCACCUUCCCGUAGUGCCUACUCCAGCAGUGACCACACCCCCAGUGACCACGCCCCACUGGAGGAGGUGCCUCUGAGCGUGACAUCAGAGUUCCCGCCUACCAGCCCCCCCUCCAAUCACGCCUCGAAAAGAGAGAUAUACCUUUUCAGAGAAUCUCUGGGGGACCAUUUUGACAAUGACUAUCUAGUGUGCUCAAGGACCAUAUAUCUGAUGGACAUUAUCAUUACUAUUGCAUCGCCUCAAUAUCUCUACUUUUUCCGCACCUACUGCAGCACAGUACCUGCCCAGAUCGCGGCACUUGGGCGAGCGUGCUUUGUCUGCAGGGGGGUUGACGAUGUGCAUUUCCUUAAUUAGGGUGAGUAAUGAGUGUGGUGCAGUUGGCAUAUGCGAACACUCCAGCCCCCAAAGGAAGCAGCAGAUCACAGAAAAAGAUCCCGGUCCAAACGCUUCAAUUGUUUAGCGAGUCGCAUUUUUCACUGCACUUACCUCAUCGCGACUGCCUUCAGCACCUCUUGCCGAAUAAUUAAGGCUGAAACGUAUGGAAAUUACUGGACGUAGCCAUGAUUAAAUAAGGCGAAUGAUUAUCCCGCCCUAAGGAAAGAAAGCACAUUAUGCUGUUUUCAAAGCCAUUUAGUGACUCGGAUAGG